UAACACCAUGAUUCUGAAAGUCUGUACAAGCCUUUUGCUCUUAUUCUCAGUCAAUUCUGCAUGGACUCGAACUGUGAGACAAGUUUAUGAUGAUCUGGAUCCUGGCCAUUGGUCUCACUAUACUUCUGAAUGUCCACAGGAGUGCUUUUGUCCUCCUAGCUUCCCCAAUGCACUAUACUGUGAUAACAAAGGACUUAAAGAAAUACCUCCAAUUCCAGCCAGAAUUUGGUACCUCUAUCUUCAAAACAACCAAAUUGAAAAAAUUUCAGAGAAGCCUUUCGCAAAUGCCACUCAUCUGAGAUGGAUAAAUCUGAACAAGAAUAAGAUCACAAACAGUGGAAUUGAGAGUGGUGUGCUGAGCAAGCUGAAAAGACUGCUUUACUUAUUCCUUGAAGAUAACGAAUUGGACGAGGUCCCUGCCCCAUUACCAGUGGGUCUAGAACAGCUAAGACUAGCUAGAAACAAAAUCUCCAAAAUCCCAGAAGGAGCUUUCAGCCACUUGGAAAACCUUACCAUGUUAGACCUCCACCAGAACAGUUUGUUGGACAGCGCUCUUCAAAGUGACACCUUCCAAGGACUCAACAACCUUAUGCAGCUCAACAUAGCAAAAAAUUCACUCAAGAAAAUGCCUUUAAGCAUUCCAGCUAAUACACUGCAGCUGUUUUUGGACAACAACUCCAUUGAAGUUAUACCAGAAAACUACUUCAGUGCAAUACCCAAAGUGACUUUCCUUAGGCUGAACUACAAUAAACUAUCUGAUGAUGGUAUCCCUCCAAAUGGGUUUAAUGUUUCAUCUAUUCUAGACCUACAGCUGUCUCACAAUCAGCUCACUAAAAUUCCACCAAUCAAUGCUCACCUUGAGCACCUUCAUCUUGAUCACAACAAAAUCAAAAGUGUCAAUGGUACUCAGAUAUGCCCAGUUUCCAUUGCCCUAGAAGAAGAUUACGGUUAUUAUGGCAACAUCCCUCGCCUCCGAUACCUUCGUCUGGAUGGAAAUGAAAUUCAACCUCCAAUCCCAUUGGACAUCAUGAUUUGUUUCCGACUUCUUCAAGCUGUUGUCAUAUAAAGAUAUUGCAGUGCCACUCUUGUACUGUGAGAGUGCCAAGAUACAAGUUUUGCUGGAAUGAAACUUGUUCUAACUAAAAUCAAGAAGUAACAGCGUUAUUUGACUUUAAAUUUUUCUUUGCUUGUAUCUUUUCUACAACUGAAAAGGUUGUUCUUUCAGAAGGGAUUUUAUAUGGACCUAAAACAUGUGCUUAACACCUUAUCUUUAAAAUUCAUAAUGUGAAUAUAUUGAAAAUCAUUGCUGUAAGAUCCCAAAUAUUCCAAAGAAACGUCUUGCCUACUCCAUCUUUCUUGUCAAACGUGGCAAUGCCUAUCCUCCUAACAUAAUUCUGAAAGACAAGUUUUGUGUCUUUAUUUUGUUAUAUAGUAACUAACACAAUGAAUUUGGGUGCACUUGGCCGAAUACAUAUGCUAAUAAAAGCGUGAGCUACAUGAUUACUAGUUAUCAGAAUUGCCACUGACAUUUCAGAUGGUGGCCCAUGCAAAUAACCCAUAAAUUGCUGUCAUCCUUUGAAGAUGACUUUUAAGGUGAAAAGUACAUGAGGCUUAGCAUCCAAAGCAAUAUACUGAAUAUAUGUAAUUGUAGGGAUUCAUUCAGAUAAAAAUCCAGGGACAAGAGAACACAACACGUAAUCUUGUUCUCUCAAAGUCCCAGUUUUCUGCUGUUUUAUUCCAUUUCUUGUUUUGACACUGUUUCUUUCUACAACUUUGGGAUCAUCAUUGAAUAUUUGGUUAAUUUUAGUUUGCAGAGAGAUACAACCAAGUAAUGGUUACAUAUUUCAUGGACUAGGUACUUCAUAAAAAUUUAAAUGGCUAGUUAAUGCAAUGGUGGUGAAGAGAAAAUUAAGAAGUUAAGACAUACAUCCACUCCCAAUUAUUUACUGAACUAGGAAAGCACUUGUAUAGGAACUGUAUCAUUUAAGCAAAUACAAUCAACUCAGAGCAGUAUCCAGCUAUCUGCUAACUCACAAACAUGCAUGCAUACAAUAAUACUGGAUUUUAGAGGGGUCCAGAUUAUUAGAACACAAUACAUUAACAAUUCACUAACAAUGAAGGCAACUUUUUAUGAAAUAUGGCUGAUUUUAUCAAAUCUAGUUGACUUUUUUAUUUUAUAAUAUUGCCUUUCAAUUAAUGACUUGAAUAUUAAAGUCAGCUAUUCACUGAGAGAGUAUGACAUUCUUAUUUCUUCUAGCCAGCACAACAGACUAUCAAUCAGUCAUUAUUUUUGUCUUCUUGCAUUUCUAGUUAGAAACAAUUUAGUUGCUCAUUGUUAUCUUGCAUCUAUUGCUAACAUUUUAAGACUGGUGUCAGUAACAAGCAUUUAAAGACUAUGCACAUGGUAUAAUUUUUGCUUUGCAGAUUAGGUAUUUUCUUAAAAGUAGAUUUUUAAAACUGUUGAGAAUGGUAAUUUCUGACAAUCAAUCCUUUCUACCUGAAAAUCAGGCCUUAGUCUGAUCCAGAGAGCUUGUGGAAAAAACUUAGUAUAGAAACCCAGCAUAGGAAUAACCCAUUCAGAAAUCUGAUCACUAAACCCUUUAUUUUUGCUGUUCUUUUGAUGUAAUUUCUGAGAACAUCUUGCCCUUCUAACAAAAGUAUUUUCUGUACCUCUGUGUUCACCCAAUAUGAAAAAAUACAGAUUUAAAAAGUCUUUACAAUAUGUAUGCAUGUUUAGUUAUAUUCUUUACUCAUUAAUAGCAUAGUAAUUUAUUUUUGGAAAAAGAUCUAUGUGACAAUACUACUAAUUGAAUUAUAACAAUAAUUAUGUUCUUGUA